AUGGACCGCCCAUUCCUCGUGCCGCUGCGACCUCUUCCCCGCGUUCACAGCGUCGUCCGGCGGAACGCGGAGCCCUCGGCGCCGCCAUCGGCGCCGCGGCGGGCGGCCGCGGCGGUGGGCGUCGCCGCGGCGGCGGCCUUUGUGGCAGAGGGAGCGCUGAGGCGCAGCGCGCGCUUCGCGCCCAGCGGCCCGGCGCUGUGGCCGCCCAGACUGGAGCGGCAGACGCUGCGGCGGCAGCUGGGGCCGGAGAUUUGGGGCUUGGAGCAGGUGAUUGCUUUCUUUACCGUGUCCGCAAACAUCCGGAUGACGGUGGUGAAACUGGAGGACGGGAAGCUGUGGGUGAAUGGGCCCAUCGCUGCCACCGACGAGUGUCUGGAGUUGCUGGAUGAGCUGGGGGAGGUGGCGCAUCUGGUAGUGCCAGGCACCGCCGUCGAGCACCAGUCGGCCCUGGGUGACUUUGCGCGGCGGUACCCAAAGGCCUCGGUGUGGGUCGCCCCCGGCGUGAGCGCGCCCUGCCGGGUGGACGGGGUGCUGGGAACAAGCGAACCGCCCUGGCGAAAGCAGAUCGACUUCCAGGUGUUCUACGUAGCGCCGCCGGAGACCGCUGGCACCUAUGCUGAGACGGCCUUCUUCCACAAGAAGUCCCAGACGCUUCUGCUGACGGACGCCGUGCUGCAGGUGCCGGAGCAGCCGCCCGAGAUCCUCAAGUCUUAUGGCUACGAGGGGGCUGCGGGAAGCGUCUCGCAGGAGCAGUGGUACUACAAGUUCCUGGCCUUCAACUUUCUGGAGAUGAGAGGCACCGACAAGGAGGACUUCCAAGCUUUGGCGCGGGCCAAAGGCGUGGUGAGCCCCAUCCUGCGCUUCACGCUGUACCCAAUUUGUCAGCGUCAGGCCUUGGAGUGGGUGCAGCGUGUGGCCAAGUGGCCCUUCAAAACGGCGGUGGCGGGGCACUUGGCGUCGCCUUUCCCGCUGACGCCCAAGGACUUCUCGUCCGCCUUCGGCUUCCUCUCCGGUCAGCGGAGCUCCUGGGACCCGGUGGACGCGUCGCAGCUGAGAUCUCUGCGCAAAGCCGCGGAGACGUUGGACGGGCCCCAGGCGCUGCAGAGCGACAUCUGGGAGCCCUACCGGUGA